AUGCCGGAGCCACCGUUCCGGGGCUACCGCCAGGGCCCACGAGAGCGGCGAAAAAAGGACAGCGACGGCGACGGCGGCCAUAAUGACGGCAACGACGACGAGAGCGACGGAAGCGCCGGCGCCGCGGCCGCGUGGGCGCCCCCGCCUGUCCGCUUCGCGCUACCCCGCGGCGAGCUCGGCGGCGAGCUCGGAGGCGCGGCGAGACGGCCUGCUCGCGGGAGCCUACGAGCAGCUGGCCUUGGAGCUGCAAGGCAGCCCCCCUGCCGCCGAGGGCCCGCAGGGAGGCCCCUCGCCCAGCGCGGGCGGCUCCGCCGCGGGCUGCAGCGCGGCGGCUCCGGAGGCCGCCGAGGCGGCAGCCCACGAGCCGCCGCGGGAGGCGGCAGUCUGGUGCAGGGCGCCCGCGCGGCGGCUACGGCGCCCCGCCUCGGCCUGCCGCGCGCCGCGCGCAUGCGAGGCCUGAGGGCCGCCUGCAGGCCCAGGCGCGCCGCUGCCGCGGCCCCCUCCGCGGGCAGCCUCCGAUCGGGCCACGACGUCCUUGACGACGAAAACGACGACGGCGACGACGACGACGACGAAAACUACGCGGCGGCCUUCCCGGCGGCGGCGGCGGCGGCGGCGUCCGCUGUGGCCACGGCCUGCCUGCGCGGGGCCGCCCGCGGGGCCAGUGGCCUCUCCGUGGGCAGCGCCCCCCAGCAGCGCCCCGCGGCGGAUCGGUCGCCCCGGCUGGCGGCCCGCGGCGGCGGUGGCCUCCGGACGACAAGGCCCCCAACGGUGUCGAGGGCAGCGCCAUCAUCAGCAAGUUUCUCGAUUGAUCUCCAUCCGGAUUUAUCCUCGCCUUGUCUUCGUUUUCACACGCUGCCCAGGCCGGUAAGACUGACCCUUCGCCAGAGUGACUUGUAAUGCAGGCGCACAGGGGUCUCCUGUGAACUGGCUUGCGCGCUUGGGUCUUGGUCCCCCGCGGCCUCUGAAGCCGCGCACCACAUGUCACUCCUGCCUAGGGUCGCUCUUCCUUGUAGCCGAUUCCACGAUGCCGAAUGACUGAAUUCGUGCUUGCACGACGUAGUUCCUGGCCGCUCGCCGCGGCGCAGUGCGCGCGACAAAAGGGAGUGCGUAUCGCGAGCACCAGCGGAGCAGAGCCGAAGUUCCCAG